AUGUCGGAUGUGUGUUGUGUGAUUCUUAUUGUUUAUAUUCAGUAAAUGAAAAAUUUAUUCAGUACCGAAUAAAAUGCGACAUCUUUUAAUCGUUCAUGGAUAUCUUACAUUAUAAGUUAUUAUUGAAACGAAUUGUAAAAUAAUGUAAUUGAUGAAAUCCAAGAAUUUCUUAAAAUGUGAAUAUUUUUCGUAUUUGGCGUAGUGCCAUAGUAUAAACAGCAAAUUUAUCAGAAAUAGGCACGAUGAAGUGGUUUGAGAUUUUCAUUAUGUCGUUGCUAUGCGCAAACGGGGUGCUCUCAUACUGUCCCUCAUUGUGUGUAUGCAAAAGUAAUAAGGCAGGCGAGGGGGCAUCAGCGGAACCACUGCCGGGAGAACUCAAGCUCAAGUGCGGUGGAAGUCCAGCACCGAUAACUGAACUUAAGGAAAUCGACCUGAGCAAGCUGUGGACCAUUGUAGUUAGUCUUAAUUUAUCCGGCAAUGCUAUUUCUACAUUGUCGAGAGAGCUGUACUUGCCAAAUCUACAGAAACUAGAUUUAAGCAGAAACCAGAUAUCAUUAAUAGAAUCGGAUGCAUUUUACAAUAUGACAGCUUUGCAAAAGUUAGACCUAUCGCAGAACCACAUCAGUAAUGUGUACAAGGAAAUGUUUAAAAGCUUAAUCAAUUUAGAGAGAUUGAUCCUGGCACAGAAUCAGAUAUCUGUAAUGGCAUCGGGCACUUUUGAUUAUCUAGUUGCAUUGAAGCAUUUAGACAUAACAGAUAAUCCUCUUGUUUGCAACUGUGACUUACUUUGGGUGAGUGACUGGGUACGAAUCACCAGGGUAAAACUUGUGGGUAAUCCAAAAUGUGCCUUCCCCGAGCACAAGACAAAUACAACUAUAAAAAAACUGAAGAUAUCAUUAGAUUUAAAAGCCUGCAGUAAUGCUUUACCCAUGAGUUCAUUGAUCGCCAAGCCGAGCCACGAUCAAGUAGUUUUCGAAGGGGAUUCCUUGGUCUUGACUUGCAAUGCACCAUUCGCAUCAGGCCUAAUUAAAUAUACAGUUAAAUGGGUGCACCCAUUGCUUGAAAUAUGUGAUGUUAAUGUUACUUACACUGACAUACAAGAGGAAGCAGUUGCUGAGACCACAAUAUAUUUCUCAAAUAUAACCAACCAUCAUGCAGGAAACUGGACAUGCAUGUAUAGUGACCAAAACAAUGUGUCCCACAACUACACCAUAAAUGUUUAUGUGAUAUCAAAUUCGACACAGUUCUGUGAGAUUAAGCACACAAUGACAAAUAAAGGAUUAUACUCAUGGCCGCAGCUACUAUUGAACCGCACAUCUUCAGUACCGUGCCGCAGUGGAGAAGGCAUGGCACACAGAUAUUGCCAUGGGAACGGUACUUGGGGUGAAGUGGACACAUCCGAAUGUGCAUACAUAAGUAAUGUGACGAAAUUGCUUCAGCAGUUUGCACUGUUGAAUGUGAGUUUAGUUCAGUAUUCAGCGGUAAAUGCUACGGAAAGACUGGCAAUGUUGAUACAGGAGAAGACAUAUCCUUUGGCUGAGAUUACAGACCCAGAUGAUGUUAUGUUCAUAGCACGAGCAAUUAGGAAUUACAUGCAGUAUAUUGCUGAAGAAAGAGAUCUGGGUUCAGCAUUAUUAGAUGUGAUAAGUGCAGUAAUGAACAUAUCAAUGCCAGUUCUCGCUAAAGCCGAGACCAAGUACGAAGCAUGCACAGACAUGAUGAAUGCUGCCGAGGAUAUAUCCGCUUAUAUAAACAAUGUUCACGGACAAAAGUCAAAUUUAGCAAUAGAACGUUUUCGAGUGAGCGAGGGCUUCGGUGGAGCGACAUGCGUGUGGUACAGCGGGGGCGAAGUCCGAGGGGCAGAGCCUCCGAGACUGCACUGCACGGCCACCAACAGAACCGUUGCGCCCCUGUUCACACUAUCCGACACGCUCAUACAUGCAACUGUGCAGAUACCCCAAUCUCUGAUCUUCAGCACGACAGAAUCUGGUGCCCUCGUUCAGAUGAAGCCUUCGGACCUGGUGGUGUCGGUGUACGAGCACGCGGCGCUGUUCCCGCUGCUGCCGACCCUGGACGACGACGCCACGCUCACGGGCCACCGGUCCAAGGACUAUUACGGCAGGAGCACCAAGCGGGAGGACAUGAACAUCGAGAUCACCUCACCGGUUGUCGGAUUUCAACUCAAGGGUACGGAGUGGUCGGGCGAGCUAGUGGAGCCAGUACUGGCGGGAGUGCGCGCUCGGCCUGGCGCUCGCACGCACGUCGCGCUCUGGGACGCGCACACUCGCCACUGGACGCUCAACCACACAGAUUGUCGCAUAUCGCACGCAGUGUCGGAGAUGGUGAUCAUAAGCUGCAGCCGGCUGGCGCGCGUGGGGCUGGUGCAGAACGUGGAGACCGGCAUCUACGGCGCCCGCACGGACGGCGCGCGCUUCAAGGUGUCGCACCCCGCCGUGUACGUGGGCAGUCUGCUGCUGGGCGGCUGCCUCGCCUGCGCCGCCAUCACCUACGCCACGUGCCACGCCGACAUACUGAUGCCGAACAAAACCAAGCACGCCCUCGUCAACACCUGGGUGGCCAUCUGUCUGCUUUGCUUCAUGUACACCCUCGGCAUCUACCAGACCGAGAACGUCAGGCUGUGCCAAGCGCUGGGCCUGCUCAUACACUACCUGUCGCUGUGCUGCUUGCUGUGGAUGUGCGUGUCGGCCAGCAACAUGUACAAGUGGGUGACGCGGGCCGACGGGCCGCCACGGACGCCUGAGGACGAGCUACCGCCGGACGUACCCGCGCACAAGCCCAUACUGGGACUGUACCUGGUCGGCUGGGGCAUAGCGCUCAUAGUCUGCGGCAUCUCCGGAGCCGUCAACAUCAAGGACUACGCCGGCUACUCGCAGUGCUUCCUCAGCACGGCCCCGGCGCUGAGCGCGCUGUUCGUGCCCGGCGGCAUCCUGUUGAUGUUCCUGCUGGUGCUGUUCGCGCUCAUACGCUGCACCAUCCGGAACAUGAACGUGCAGCUGUCGGAGGGCACGCAGGCCACCGAGAACGUCGACCUGGAGAUGUGGGAGCCGCAGGUGCACGACCGCGCGGAGAGGAGGAGUGUGAAGUCGGCGCCGGACUCGGAGAGCGAGGACGCGGAGCACUCGCCCAUCGUGCAGCUGCGGGCGCACGUGAUCGUGGCGUGUCUGUACGUGGCGGUGUGGGCGUGCGGGGCCGUGGCCGUGUACCGGCCGCUGCCCGCCUACCUGCCGUACCAGGAGGAUAUCUGCAGCAUCGUGUACGCCGUGUGCGCCACCGUGCUCGGCACCUUCGUGCUGUUCUUCUACGGCAUAGCGCGCAGUGACGUCAGGGCGCAGUGGGCACUCGUGCAUUGCUAUUUUCAAAAAAGUAAACAGUGCUGCAGAAACAGGAGCGUGUUCGACGCGCAGCGCAACGUGCCCGCAGAUCCCUCCGGAGCCGCCGCCCCUGCGCCCCUGCCGAACGACAACCGGUCGCGGUCCGGCAGCCGGAGCUCCGGCAGGACCAACCCCAAGACCAACAACGGCGGCACGUACAAGGCGGGCGCUGAACUCAACGGGCAGACUCUACACAAGGACGUGUUGAAGAACACGAAUGGAAAAACUCCGAACAUAAACCUGGUCGUGUUGCACCGCCAACAGUACCGGUCCAACAACUCCAUGCUCACGUACCCCGACGCCAGCACCGUGGCCCCCGAUAUAUUCUACAACCCCAACCAGAUGAAUGUCGCCAAGAAGUUCUUCAAGAAGCAACGGCAGAACAUGAAGAGGAACUGCCUUGAGUUGCCGACGAGAAAUGACUACGACAACGACUCGCACUUCUCGCUGCCGCUGCCCACUAAGGAGGCGUACAGCGGGAUGGCUAACAUAAUCAACUCUGGGUCCAAGGUCAACAAUACGAACAUACACGUUGAGCGAUCCAACAACGGCAUCAAGGAGACCCGCAACGUCGCCAACCCGAACCUUCUGGAAGACGAACACAAGGACUACAAAAGCUACACGAACGAUAAGAAGACUUGGAAUAAAAACGAAGAUCCGAAGACGGACAGAAGCCGAGUGAUGAAUAUUUAUACCAAUGUGCCAGAGACUCAAGUGCCGCAGCAUCAGGUCAUCAAAGCGAACGCGCCCAGCAACCUCAAUGCUCAGCGGAGCAGCGUAUCGGAGGAGUGCCUGCAGAGUCACGCCGACCGCCCGGAGAUGAGGACCAUAUCGCAGCAGUGCAGUCUGGAGUACAGCUCGGCGUCGGAGAUAGCGAUGCCGCAUACCUGCUCCGACCAAACCUUGAACACGCACUCGGAAAUGACGUCACUGCAGGAAACGCACAGCGCUUUGUGCUCCACUAACGAGAUCACCGACACGGAGAGCUUCGGCCAGUACAUAGAUUACAUGCAGCCCAACAAGGGCCAAGAUGGGAAGGAGAACAAGGACAAGUCGCUGCAGGACAUAUCGGAGGAAUGCACCAUGAAUAGCGACGACGCUGCUCGCUCCGGGAGUCCGCAGCAUCCGGACGCCGGGGAACUCGACAAUCUGCUUCAGGAUCCAGAGCUAGGGUCGAAAGAUAAACUGGACGACGACAAAGACACGUUUUUCUUGGCGAAAACUACGUACGACUUCGAAACGUGUAGCACGAACGCGAGCGAGCAGGGCUUCGAGAACGACAGUGACAUUUACUGUCCCAACUACCAGAUGUCCGAAGUGAGCAUACGGAGCCACGGCCUGUACGCGCCCUCCCCCUCGUCCAUGUGCCCAAACGAAAUAAGCUUCAGCACCGAGGACGUUUCGAACAUAGAGAACCAGUACGUCAACUACGACCCCGGAUGGCGGAAAACGAUAAAGAGCAAUCCGAAAUUAGGGAAGUACGUGCCCACUCCCGCGCUGAGCUGUCCCGACGUCAACAGGGACAGCAGCCCGGUGUCGUUCGCGAGCGAGAUAGAUGAACUGUACACUCAGAUCACGAGUAGAGAGCGAGACAAGGACAGAACUAGUCGGAAGGACACCUGUUUAGAUGUGACUUUGAACAGUGACGUCACGCUGCGGCCUGACAGUGACAGUUGUGCGAGCGAGGGCGAAGGUCGCGGGGAAACCGCCCUGUGAUCUCUCGGUGUUCAGUGAAGGCAUUUGUGAUGAAGUGAUGUAACCGCAAACAUUUAAAAGUGUUAAACGAAUUCUCUAUUCAGCUCUUACAAGUUAUCAAUGUGAGGAGUUGAUCGCACUUAUACAAGUGUUCAGACGGCCUUACUAGUAGCUCAUUUCAAACUAAAUUUUGUAGUUUAAUUUUCUAGUUUUAAGUUUUGUAAAUUGUGUAUAUUUAUUUAAGAUUUCCUAAACAAACGAAGUCUGAUGAAAACAUUUUUUCUAUCGUCCGCGUGUCGAGUAUUAUCACUUAGUUUAAGAGUCAACAGAUGUGCCAAAUUGUUGUCGUUUGUUUCAUCAUUUUAUCGAUAAAUUGUAACGAUUAUCGAUACCUUAACGACCGGAUCGACCCGACCGCCUCACCUCUAGUCCUAACGGGAUAUAAGACUUAGUUAUAUUAACUCCACUAAAACUAUUAAGGCGUGUUUACACGAGAAGACGAAUGCUUGACGGUGAACUUUGGUGUGGCCAUAUGACAACCAGUUUUUACAUUUGUUGAAAGAUUUGUGGUAGUUAAGCGAAAUCGUUCAACGAUUUUUUUAUUGAAAAAGAGCAUUUUUACUGUAAGUAUUGUUAAUGAAAAAAAAAAUUUGCUUAUGGUCGAUAAGGCUUUUUGAUGUGACGUCACCAGUGACCAUAUUCUCGACGUCAUGAUGACGUCACAUGUUCCAGUGUACCGUCAAGCACGCUCGUACUUUUUAUGGCUUAUCGAAAAUUAUAAGAAACUUGUGUUUUCCAUUGUGUGUGCCUAUGCUAAAUAUUAUUUUGGCCUAUUAAUUAUUGAAAUAAUUUUAGCGAUAUAUUCGAGUUGAUUCAUUACAAAAAAAAUAUAAAAAUCGAUCAUUAUUAUUUGACUUGCGAUUUAUGAUGCAUAUGCGUUAGUGGCCUUUUAUAAUCAGGAUCACAGUUCCGACGGAGGUCGAAACUGGUAAUAUUAUCAACAUCCACAUAUUCAUACAAAAUUUGGCUCGUUAAAGAAAAAAAUUGUUCGUAAAUCUUAAAAAUGUGGUUUUUAUAUCAAUAUUCAAUCAAUAUCGAGCAGUGAAUGCUACCUUUAAAAUCUUUGUCCUUGCACUAAGUUGAUACUUUUUUCUUUUAAAAUCCCAUAUGGAAAUGAGUUUAAAAUUUUUCGAAUUCGGCAGCUCGACAAUAACAUUUUUAUU